UUCUGUGGGUGAUCAAGCCCACAGUGAAACAGAGACUGGUGUUUACAGAGCUUUAGAUCUGCAGUCUGCCAUUCUUGCAAGUCUGCACACCUGGAACGGUUCACUAUGAAGCUCUGGGUACUUUUCUUAUUAUCACUACUCCUGCUGGAGAUUCAAAAUGGUGUGAGUCAACAGACCAAGAGUAAGAAACAUAUCAGUCUCAGACCAGCACGAAGGCGAGUCAAGGGUCGCUACCCCAAAGUAAAAAACAAAGAGGUAGGAGGAAAAUUUCAGUCCAUUCUCACCCAGGUUCUGGACAAAGGCCGCUUUCUUCGUCUUGGUGACAGUAUAAUCUUGAACCCUGGAAAAACGCUGGAACUAAGGUGCAAAGGGAACAAGAUUGGCUGGGCAUACCCAUCUAACUUGGGCACUUUUAAUGAUUCCCGUCUCAGCAUUGACCAGAAUGAGAAGUUUAGUCAGUUGACCCUGACAUCACCCUCUGCUGCUGAUACGGGAGAGUACAGCUGCUGGGUGAUACUCUGUGAUGGUGAUGAGUGUCAGAAGGACCCAGAUCACACCUCCACCACCUACAUAUACUUUACAGAUAAAGAUGAGCUAUUUGUCCCAUCACCCAUCCACUUUGAGAUUGUGUUCCUGCGACCUGAUAGACCUGCAACAGUGCCCUGCCGAGUCACGACCCCCAAGACCACAGUGUCCCUACACAGGGAAAUGCCUCCAGAGGAGAUACAUACUAAUGAAAGUCUUAUCUCCUACAACCCCACCAAAGGCUUUAUCCUUCAGAGCCCCAGCCCUGAUCACAUGGGGGCCUUUUACUGCAAGGCUAGCAGCACCACAAAAACUACACCACAGAUCUCCACUAAGUACCAGCUGCUUUAUCUUGAAGUACCUAGUGGUCCUCCGUAUGCAACUAUUCAGGCCUCCUCAAAUGAAGUGAGUGGAGGGGAUGUCUUUAACAUCACUUGCACAGUUCUGGGUGAGCCUGAGAUGGAUGUUAAAUUCAGCUGGACCUAUCCAGGACAGGACCAGAGGCCUGUGAGUGUUCAAGAGUCAAGGAGGCUGAUAAACAGAGGUGUGGGCCAAAUCACACGCAUUUCCCAGAGUGUCAUGAUUGUGGAUGAUGUGGAGACUAUUGAUUUUGGGAACUACAUAUGCACAGCCAAAAACGCCAAUGGAGAGACAUCUGUGGCCACACAAGUGAACACCCAUCAUUAGACCAUUAUGGGGCACUAAAACCGGACUCUCUAACACCCAAGGCAUCUUGCUGUGCUUUUUUUUUUUUGGGGGGGGGGCACACUUCAUGGCAAGUUCAAGAUAAAGUGCUAAUAUAAUAUCUUUUACUGGUUUCACAUCUGUGAAUAUUUCAUAUAAUGAAAAUAUCUCCAGUGAAAAUGUCAUUGUUUACCCAGAUCUAUGCUUUUUUUUUUAAUGCUACAAUCAUUAUCUGUACCUCAAUAUUAACAUGGUCUUGCAUUGCUGGAAGUGAAAAUAAAAUAAGCUGAUGGUGGA